AUGGGAGGCAUCGCUGGAUUGAAGUUACGCAGCCCACAGGACCUUUUCUGUCAACUACCCAUCAGAGACCAGACCCUGCUGAAACUGAUCCUGAACCUGAAGCUAAUCCUGAUCCUGAGCCCAGCUGUAGUGGACCAGGAGAGCUCGGAGGUUCCCAGUGGACAGUCUGCCCAACAGCAUCAAAAACACCUGGACUCCAUAUUUAUGUUCCAGCUGCUGGAGGAGAACAUUGUCAUGUUUGUGAAGAAUGAGCUGAAGAAGAUCCAGAAGGUUCUGAGUCGAGAUUACCCAGAAUCCUCAGAGAGUCAGAGGGAGGAUGAGGAUGAAGAGCAGAGGAGGAGCAGAGAGGCAUUUCUGAAGAUCACACUGCACUUCCUGAGGAGAAUGAACCAGGAGGAGCUGGCUGACCGUCUGCAGAGCAGAUGUCCAGCAGGACUUUGUAAGCGUAAACUCAAAUCGAACCUAAACAAGAAGUUCCAGUGUGUGUUUGAGGGGAUUGCUAAAGCAGGAAACCAAACCCGUCUGAAUAAGAUGUUCAUAGAGAUAUACAUCACAAAGGGAGGGACUGCAGAGGUCAAUGAUGAACAUGAGGUCAGACAGAUUGAAACAGCAUCCAUAAAACCAGACAGACCAGAAACAACAAUCAAACGAGAAGACAUCUUUAAA